CUCCGUGGACGACGUGCGGGGCAGGGUCCUUUCUGUCACUGCCCCCCACCCCCUCGCAGCGCCGGCACCCCUUCCCCAAGGCGGGGUUGCCCGAGCCUGGCUCCCGCAGCCUCGCCCGGCUUGGCGGCGCUGCCCAGCGCACCAUGACCCCGCUGCUGCUGCCUCUCCUGCUGACCUCGGUGCUGCGGCCCAGCGCGGGGAACAAAGCCAACAAGCACAAGCCAUGGAUCGAGGCGGAAUACCAGGGUAUCGUUAUGGAGAAUGACAACACUGUCCUGCUGAACCCUCCACUCUUUGCCUUGGAUAAAGAUGCCCCCCUGCGCUAUGCGGGUGAGAUCUGCGGCUUCCGGCUCCAUGGGUCCGGGGUGCCCUUUGAGGCUGUGAUCCUGGACAAGGCGACUGGUGAAGGGCUGAUCCGGGCCAAGGAGCCUGUGGACUGUGAGGCCCAGAAGGAGCACACCUUCACCAUCCAAGCAUAUGACUGUGGCGAGGGUCCUGAUGGUGCCAACACCAAAAAGUCCCACAAGGCAACUGUACACGUGAGGGUCAACGACGUGAACGAGUUUGCCCCGGUGUUUGUGGAGCGACUGUACCGCGCUGCUGUGACAGAAGGGAAGCUGUACGACCGCAUCCUCCGGGUGGAAGCCGUUGACGGUGACUGCUCGCCCCAGUACAGCCAGAUCUGCUACUACGAGAUCCUCACGCCCAACACCCCGUUCCUCAUCGACAAUGAUGGGAACAUCGAGAACACGGAGAAGCUGCAGUACAGUGGCGAGAAGCUCUACACGUUCACGGUGACGGCUUACGACUGUGGGAAGAAGAGGGCUGCCGAUGACGCGCAGGUGGAGAUCCAGGUGAAGCCCACCUGCAAACCCAGCUGGCAAGGCUGGAACAAAAGGAUUGAGUACGCGCCGGGUGCUGGGAGCCUGGCUUUGUUCCCUGGUAUCCGCUUGGAGACCUGUGAUGAACCGCUGUGGAACAUUCAGGCCACCAUAGAGCUGCAGACCAGCCACGUGGCCAAGGGCUGCGACCGCGACAAUUACUCAGAAAGGGCGCUGCGGAAGCUCUGUGGUGCUGCCACUGGGGAGGUGGACCUGUUGCCUAUGCCUGGUCCCAAUGCCAACUGGACAGCGGGGCUCUCAGUUCACUACAGCCAGGACAGCAGCCUCAUCUAUUGGUUCAACGGUACCCAAGCUGUGCAGGUGCCACUGGGCGGCACAGCAGGGCUGGGUUCUGGGCCUCAGGAUGGCCUCAGUGACCACUUUACCCUGUCCUUCUGGAUGAAGCAUGGUGUGACUCCCAACAAGGGCAAGAAGGAGGAGGAGACCAUUGUGUGUAACACGGUCCAGAACGAGGAUGGCUUCUCUCACUAUUCACUGACGGUCCACGGCUGCAGAAUUGCCUUUCUCUACUGGCCACUUCUUGAGAGCGCCCGCCCGGUGAAGUUCCUCUGGAAGCUGGAGCAGGUGUGUGACAGCGAGUGGCACCACUACGCCCUGAACCUGGAGUUCCCCACUGUCACGCUCUACGCCGAUGGCAUCUCCUUCGACCCCGCCCUCAUCCAUGACAGCGGCCUCAUCCACCCACCUCGCAGGGAACCUGCGCUCAUGAUUGGGGCCUGCUGGACUGAGGAGAAGAACAGAGAGAAGGAGAAAGGAGGCGACAACAGUACAGAUGGCACCCAAGGAGACCCCUUGCUGAUCCAUCACUAUUUCCACGGCUACCUGGCUGGUUUCAGCGUGCGCUCAGGUCGCCUGGAGAGCCGUGAGGUCAUCGAGUGCCUCUAUGCAUGCCGGGAGGGGCUGGACUAUAGGGAUUUCGAGAGCCUGGGCAAAGGCAUGAAGGUCCACGUGAACCCCUCGCAGUCCCUGCUCACCUUGGAGGGGGAUGAUGUGGAGACCUUCAACCAUGCCCUGCAGCAUGUGGCUUACAUGAACACUCUGCGCUUUGCCACGCCCGGCGUCAGGCCCCUGCGCCUCACCACCGCUGUCAAGUGCUUCAGUGAAGAAUCCUGUGUCUCUAUCCCAGAAGUGGAAGGCUAUGUGGUGGUUCUUCAGCCAGAUGCCCCCCAGAUCCUGCUGAGUGGCACAGCUCAUUUUGCCCGCCCAGCUGUGGACUUUGAGGGUCCUGAGGGGGUCCCCUUGUUCCCUGAUCUUCAAGUCACUUGCUCCAUCUCUCACCAAGUGGAGACAAAAACAGAUGAGAGCUGGCAGGGCACAGGUGAGGUGAUGGAUACACGCAUGUCGGAUGAGAUUGUGCACAACCUGGAUGGCUGUGAAAUUUCUCUGGUGGGGGACGACCUAGACCCUGAGAGGGAAAGCCUGCUCUUAGACCUGGCGUCCUUGCAGCAACGAGGCCUGGAGCUCACCAACACGUCUGCCUACCUCACCAUUGCUGGGGUGGAGAGUAUCACUGUGUAUGAAGAAAUCCUGAGGCAAGCUCGUUACCGGCUGAGACCUGGAGCUGCCCUGUAUGCCAGGAAGUUCCGGCUCUCCUGCUCAGAAAUGAAUGGCCGUUAUUCCAGCAAUGAGUUCAUUGUGGAGGUCAGUGUCCUGCAUAGCAUGAACCGGGUGGCCCACCCCAGCCAUGUACUCAGCUCCCAGCAAUUCCUGCACCGGGGUCACCAGCCUCCUCCUGAGAUGGCUGGACACAGCCUGGCCAGCUCCCACCGGAACUCUAUGGUCCCUGGUGCCGCCACGCUCAUCAUCGUGGUGUGCGUGGGCUUCCUGGUGCUUAUGGUCAUCCUGGGCCUCCUGCGCAUCCACUCCCUUCACCGCCGCGUCUCGGCUUCCAGCGGGUCCCCGGGGGUCUCCAGCGACCCCAAAGACCCGGAUCUCUUCUGGGACGACUCCGCCCUCACCAUUAUUGUGAACCCCAUGGAGUCCUACCAGAACCGGCAGGCCUGUGUGGCAGGGGCCGCUGGUGGCCAGCAGGAGGAUGAGGACAGCAGUGACUCCGAGGCAGCCGACUCCCCCAGCAGCGACGAGAGGCGCAUCAUUGAGAGCCCUCCGCACCGCUACUGAGGCUCCAGUCUUGCUGAGGAAGAGCUCUGACCUGGUGAGACGGGUGCCUAGGAAAGGACAAGAGGACAUCUGGAGACGGGAGAGAAGAGAGGCCGAGAGGGAGAGAACUGUCCUUCAAUCUCAAAACCCCAAGGGUCUCCCUGCCCCUCUUCGAGCCUGCUCCUGCCUUGGGCUGCCCUUGGCUGGCAUGCUCCUGCGGUGUCCCCACAAACCGGCUUCAUGAGGAAGGUGGCUCAAUGACCUUGGCUGCCCCAUAGGCCCCCUGUGGCAGUGUGUCCUUACUGCUGUCUCCCUCUGCCGGCUGUGCACAGUCCUGGGGAGGGAACACAAGGGCCAUGGUUGGAGCGGUGGGACUGGGGAGAGGCUGCUGCUCUGCCAUUCUCUACUCUUUCCUGCUCACAGGACUUUCCUGGAUUGGGCCUACUUGCUUCCUGUACUUCCCCACACCCCACUUUCCCUUUCGCUCUGGGGACUCUUGCUUUGCUCCCUCCCUCCCCAGUCUCCUUCCUCUGUUGUCCUCUUUCCUCUCCUGCCUGUGCAAUCCUGAGGGCCUGCAGCCCCUGUCCCUUCCCCCAUGGCCUGCUUGUGCCUGGGUUGUGGGGAAGGAGGACCAGUGGGACCCUGGGUGUGUUAUAUAUAAUGUAUAUUUUUUCAGUGUUGUCGUGAGUGCAGCUACUGUGUUCCUGUGCGCAGCUCACAGCCUUGUGUGUGUGCCAUUGUCAUGUCCUGGGGUAAGGGAAAGGGAUGGGCGUGGUGGGGGGAAACAUCCUAGGGUUUUCAAAUAAAACAACCAUGAAAAAGCUA